AGGACCAGCGCUGGCAUGGGCCAAAGAGCGGUGCGAGUGCUUCUCCUUUUGGGCUUAUUGCACUGGGGCCCAGGCAGUGAGGGAAGGAAGCCCUGGAGACGGCGUGGUCAGCAGCAGCAGCAGCAACAGCAGCAGCAGCAGCAGCCGCCUUCAUCUCAGUCCCAGCCCCAGCCCCAACCCCAGGCGCUUCCCGGCCGUGAGCUCGGCGAGGUGGCAGGGCAGCCAGUGGAGAGCUUCCCACUGGACUUUACGGCUGUGGAGGGCAACAUGGACAGCUUUAUGUCUCAGAUCAAGAGUCUGGCACAGUCCCUGUAUCCCUGUUCGGCGCAAAAGCUGGAUGAGGACUUGCGGCUUCACCUCCUGCUCAACACCUCGGUGACCUGUAAUGACGGCAGCCCCGCAGGUUACUACCUCAAGGAGUCUAAGGGCAGCCGGCGCUGGUUGCUAUUUUUGGAAGGUGGCUGGUAUUGCUUUAACCGGGAAAAUUGUGAUUCUCGAUAUGACACCAUGAGACGCCUUAUGAGCUCCAAAGACUGGCCUAGAACUCGCACAGGUACUGGUAUCCUCUCAUCUCAACCAGAGGAGAAUCCACAUUGGUGGAAUGCCAACAUGGUCUUUAUCCCCUACUGCUCCAGUGAUGUCUGGAGUGGAGCCUCAUCCAAGUCUGAAACCAAUGAGUAUGCUUUUAUGGGGGCCCUCAUUAUCCAGGAGGUGGUUCGAGAACUCCUGGGCAAAGGGUUGACCAAUGCCAAGGUAUUGCUCUUGGCUGGAAGCAGUGCUGGGGGCACUGGGGUUCUUCUGAAUGUGGACCGGGUUGCAGAACAGUUAGAGGCUCUGGGCUAUUCAGCCAUCCAAGUUCGAGGCCUGGCUGACUCUGGUUGGUUCCUGGACAACAGGCAGUACCGUCGAACAGAUUGCAUUGACACCAUCACCUGUGCACCCACUGAAGCCAUUCGACGAGGGAUCAGGUACUGGAACGGGGUCGUCCCCGAGCGCUGCCGGCUACAGUUCAAGGAAGGCGAGGAGUGGAACUGCUUCUUCGGAUACAAAAUCUACCCUACCCUGCGCUGCCCUGUGUUCGUGGUACAAUGGCUGUUUGAUGAAGCCCAACUGACUGUGGACAAUGUGCACCUGACUGGGCAGCCUGUACAAGAAGGGCAAUGGCUCUAUAUCCAAAACCUUGGCCGGGAGCUUCGGAAUACAUUGAAGGAUGUGUCGGCUAGCUUUGCCCCUGCUUGUCUAUCCCAUGAGAUCAUCAUCCGAAACCACUGGACCGACAUUCAAGUGAAGGGGACCUCACUACCCCGGGCACUUCACUGCUGGGACCGCAGUCUUCACGAAAGCAGCAAAAAUGGCAAGGCACCCCCCCUGAAAGGCUGUCCCAUCCACCUAAUUGACAAUUGCCCCUGGCCCCACUGUAACCCAUCCUGUCCCACCAUCCGAGACCAGUUUACAGGUCAAGAGAUGAACAUAAUCCAAUUCCUCAUGCAUAUGGGUUUUGAUGUACAAAAGAUGGCCCAGCAACAAGGGCUAGAACCAAGCAAGCUGCUGGGAAUGCUUAGCAGUGGGAGCUAA